AGAGUUUUUUUUAUUGUGUUUGGAGUGAAAACAGUUAUUCUUUUUUCAUAUUCUUGAAAAUUCCGAAAUGGGUUGAAUUCUAGAAUUUUUCAGAAUGUGAUGGCCAAACUGUUUUCUGAUGUCCAACUCGGGAAAAAAUGAAAAAAAUUUCAUGGCCAAACGCCUCCUAAGUUCAAAAACCAUGGUUAUCAAAACAAAAACCACCACGAUAUUCCCUCUCCCUCCCUGGUUCCCUUUCCCCAGGGGUGGAUGUAGCUCUCUGAUUGCAGGUUUAUUUGAACCCAGUAACUCUUUCGUGGAGUUUAAGUUUAUGAGUAAACAUUCCUUAAAAUUUUAAGGAUUAAACCCAUAAAACUAAAAUUCUCAAUCUGAUGUCUCUGCCUCUCCCAACCUUCCUUUAUGAAGAUGUACAAAAUAAUAUUAUCGUCUCCUUGAAUUGGACGAUCUCUGUCAGUAGCGUUUAAAUUAAGAAAAUCCUUCGUUAUGGAGAAUGUAGUUGUAAAAUAACACUAAAGUGUUACUAAUGAAAAAAUAAUAAAUAAUAAAACUUUGUGUUAGGAUAGAACUUGUUGAGACGGAAAAAUUGUUAUUGCUAGCAAGGGUGCUCAUUCCGAUAAGUAAAAUUGGAAAGCAAGCCUAUAAGAAAUGGAACGGAAGGAGUAAUUGAUUGGUGUAAACUUCUAAGUUGAAGAACAGUCACUAUAAAUGUGGGAAAUGGCUCAAGAUAAAAUUGAUGUUCGGGAACAUGGUGUGGUAGUAGAUCAAAAGAAGUCAAAAAUCAAGUGCAACUAUUGUAGUAAAGUUGUUACUGGGUUCACCCGGUUUAAAUACCAUUUAGGAGGCAUUCGUGGGGAUGUGAUUCCUUGCUUGAACGCUCCUGCACUUGUAAAAGAAGCACUAAAAGCUAAGGUACUUGAGAAGAAAAAUGGCAAUUUAAGCAAAGCAGCUGGGCAACUUCACCACCCACAUCUUCCUUUGAAGAGGAAUUGGUGCCCCCAAGAUUGUGAUAGUGAACCGAGUAAGACACAUCUCACUCAGAGUUCUGAAAGUGGAAAUAAAAAUCAAAAUGGAGUGCAUUCAAAAGUAACUGGUAGUUCUGUUGUAAAUUCAUCCUCACAAGAGAUUUCGAAAUCUAUAGGGAGAUUUUUUUAUGAAGCAGGAAUUGACUUUGAUUCUAUCAGAUCACCUAACUUCCAAAGGAUGGUAAAGGCCACCCUUAGUCCUGAGAAAACAAUAAAAUUUCCUAGUUGUCAGGAAUUGAAAGGGUGGAUACUUCAGGAAGCAGUGAAUGAGAUGCAACAAUAUGUUACAGAAAUCAGAAAUUCAUGGGCAAGCACAGGGUGUAGCGUUUUGCUAGAUGGAUGGGUAGAUUCAAACAGUCAAAAUCUGAUUAAUAUCCUAGUGUACUGCCCAAGGGGCACCAUUUAUCUUCGGUCAUCGGAUAUUUCAUCUUUCAAUGGCAAUGUUGAUGCCAUGCUAUUAUUCUUUGAAGAAGUUCUAGAGGAAGUCGGAGUUGAAAAUGUGGUCCAAAUAGUUGCAUACUCGACAUCUACCUGCAUGAUGGAAGCAGGCAAGAAGCUAAUGGAAAAACGUAAGACAGUUUUUUGGACAGUAGAUGCUUCUCAUUGCAUGGAACUUAUGUUACAGAAAUUCACAAAGAUAUACCCGAUACAAGAAGUUUUGGAGAAGGCAAAAACACUCACACAAUUUAUUUACAGCCAUGCUACUGUCCUGAAGCUUCUAAGAGAUGCUUGUCCUGAUGAGUUAGUAAAGUCUUCAAAAAUAAGGUCAAUUGUGCCCUUUUUGACUCUGGAGAACAUUGUAUCACAGAAAGAAAGCUUAGUUUGGAUGUUUCAGUCUUCUGAUUGGCAUACCUCAAUCUUGGCUUCUACAACUGAGGGCAAAAGAAUGUCGGAAAUAGUUGCAGAUCAAUCCUUUUGGACAGGGGCUUUGAUGGCUGUGAAGGCAACCAUUCCCCUUGUAGAAAUUAUAAAAUUGCUCGAUGGUACUAAUAAGCCACAAGUUGGUUUUAUAUAUGAUACACUUGAUCAAGCUAAAGAGACCAUCAAAAAGGAAUUCAAACACAAAAAAUCCCAUUAUGCAAGAUUCUGGAAGGCUGUAGAUGAAAUAUGGGAUGAAUACCUCCAUAGUCAUCUCCACGCUGCGGGUUACUUUUUGAACCCAAUCCUUUUUUACUCUAGCGAUUUCCACACUGAUGUGGAAGUUUCCUGUGGUCUUUGUUAUUGUGUUGUUCGCAUGACAGAAGAUCGUCAUAUACAGGAUUCGAUCACACUGCAAAUUGAUGAGUAUCGCAUGGGGAGGGGCACGUUUCAUUUUGGAAGUUUCAAAGAUAUUCUAUCAAAUAUCUCCCCAGGUGCACUUUGGUGGUCACAAUUUGGAGGUCAAUGUCCUGAACUGCAAAAGCUUGCUAUUCGAAUACUUAGUCAGACAUGCAAUGGUGCCUCGCAUUAUAGGCUGAGAAGGAAUUUGGUCGAGACAUUACUUACAGGAGGGAUGAAUCCGAUAGAGAAGCAGAGGCUACA